CAUCACACACAGCCGACCCUUUCCACCCCUCUCCUCCUUUCUUUCUGAAGAUAGACGUGCCUCUUGUUUCUUUCUACAGUUUCUAGUCGGUAGCUAGAAGGACAACCGCAAACUACCAUGGCGACCUCUCCUGCUCCCACUGCAGCGAGUGCCGCCAUGGCGUUGCCUCCUUCCUCGGCGCCAGCUUUGGAUUUUGAGCAACUCUUGUCGCGAGACUUGCAGGACACUCGUCCGGCCCGUGUCACUCGCAUGAUACCCCAGGAAAAAUUCGUCAAGGACGAGAGGACCCCAGCCAACACUACUAGUAGUACCAACAAGGCCAUUUUGGCGGCUCAAGAUGCAUCGGCAGAGCCGGCAGAUGGAGAGGACUCGGAACUGGUCCAAGGCGAAGAACAGCAGCAGUUUAGCGCCCUAGCCAACAAACUAGUGAGAACAUUGGUAGCCACCACGCCAGCUUUUGUCAGCCGAUUAGAAGCACAGCAUGCCGAAGCAGAUGAAGAAGACAAGGACAUUAACUGGAAAACUUCCUUGGCCAAUCGGACUCAGGCACUGCUGGAAGAACUAACGGGCAGCAGCCCAACGGAAACCCCUCUCAUGUUCACAGUGCAAGAUGACAGCAAAAUAGAUUCCAAGUUGCACGAAGUGGAAAUGGGAGACUGGGAAAAGAAAAUUGAAUGGCAAGGCCUGGCAGAUGAUACCACGACAACUAGCAAUACAAACGGCAACAAUAACAGCAGCAAUGGAAACGCGUCCACCCAAAAUGGUGGGUCCUCGCUGGAAAAGACUACCAAAUCGACGGAUCCCAUGAAACUACUCAUGCAACGACGCAAUCAUUGGCUAGAUACGCUUCAAUUUGACAACUCCACUGUCAACUGGGAGGGAGUCUCUGCCGCUCGAAAGCCAGACCCUAUACCGCUGUUGUUGGAGCUGGGGGUCGCCGGACAAUCUGUUGCCAGGCAUGUCUUUCCUUCCCAGCGUCCACCGCCCGGAGUCCAAUCCAAAGAAUAUCAAAAGCGCAUGGAGCUCGAGUGGUCAUCAGGAUCCCGGGAGGAAAUAACUAGCACUGCCGAUGUCAAUAAAGCCGGAAGCCUCCAUGCGGAUCGAGAAAAGAUGGAAGCCCUGAUUGAAGCACGUCAAAAGAAACGUGCUCAAAUGGCCAUGGACAAAACCAAUCGUGUCACGGAAGCCAUGGGGACCCUGGCCAUGGGACCUGGUAAAGGACGGACCAUCACAUCUUCUCUCAUGGGACCGGGUGGAACCGAACGAACGGGGAGACCGUCGCGACACAAUGUGGGUACCACCUCGGCCAAUCUAUUGGAGUUUUUGGAACAAUUGGAUAUGGUCGCCAACCAUUCUUUGGUCCGGGAUCUUGGGAAAGUCAGUUUGCGGGAAUAUCAUCGACCCAAAUUGCCGAAAAGCGUAGUCCGCUCGAGUCUGCAAUGGCAAUUUCAAAUUCGCUACUUGGCCAGCAUUCUUGGCGACAAACCGAAUGCUCCUGGUGCGCGGGGGGCUAGCGCCUCGUACACUUCCAUGAUGAUGGGCACCCACCCCGGAGCGAUGAGUAGGGCCAAGUUGCGUAGCGAAGCCGAUCUGUCGACCAGCGAAGGCAAACUCGUCCUCCUGGAGUACUGCGAAGAGCGUCCACCAAUCCAGCUCACCAAAGGAAUGGCCACCAAAAUUGUGAACUACUACAGAGGUGACAAGGCGCACUGCCCUGUCAGUCGCGGGGGAGGAGACCGUCCCACCCGAAAGAAAAAGCGGAGCGAAAACGAGUCGCCAAGCAAAGUCAAGACUACAACAAAGAAUCUGCUGGGUGAUCGUCCUCCAAGAUUGGAAGGGCCUGACAAAGCUCUUAAAGCUACGGCGGCGGAUUGGAUUGGAAAGAUCCCAAAAAAGUCCCGUGAUGGCGACGCUGCAAACAAGAAUGCAGUGAUUGACAUGUUGCCUGAGGGUGUGACAGAAAUGCUGCAUCCCAAAGUCCACGGUCCUUUUAUUGGAGAGGUCGAAGAAGGCAUGACCAUUUCCGGUUUGAUCAGUCUUUUGUUCGUGGCGCCCCUCUUUCGGCAAGAACCAGAAAGCACAGACUUCUUGAUGAUUCUGGGACGUCCAUCCGGUGGAGGUAUCAUUCGCCCUGGCGUGACCGAGUCUUUGGGUGUCAUGUUGCGAGAGUUUCCUAGCAGCGUCUACACUGUGGGGCAGACAGAACCACGCACACGCGUUUAUGCACCCAACACACAAGGCUGGAAGAACUUUAUCCAUCCAUUCGUGUCGUAUCAAAUUGCAAAGCUGCUGGCAAGGACGCAAGCUCGGGAAGGGCAUGGGUUGCGCUUUGACGAGAUACAGGACCGUAUCUUGCCAAGUCUCGAACAGCAAACCAAUGCUCUCCGACAGCGCUUGAAACAGGUUGCAAUUUACGACAAAAAUACCCAAAUCUGGACGACAAAAGCGAUUGGGUACGAAGAAUAUCCAGGCGUCGAAGCCCUCGGGAGAAGCAUCGCCCCUGAAGGAGUGGCCGCUUAUGAAACCGCAAGUGCUUCCGCACGCCGGCUCAAGGAUCUAGGUCUUUGCCAGUUGUUCGAAGGAAAUCAUUCCGUCGGCAGUGUGGGUAUUACAAUGAUCUACCUGGCAGGGCAGGUGAAUGCCGCCAAAGAGCUGCACCGGAAAGCCAAAAAGCUUUAUGAACUGAGUCGCACAAACAAAGCAUUGAAGCCCUCUCAGGUGGUGUUCUAUGAGAAAGCGGCCGAACACCUCGAAUUGCAAUGGAAGGCUCUUCGGCAGAGGCAUGAAGUCUGUAAAUUUAUCUACGAGGAACUCCAGUUGACGCCUUGGCAUCUCACGGGAGAAUUUAUUGAGGUCCACAAGAAAGGCGAAGGGUCUGGAAUGAUGAAGCUUACAGGGCUGGGAGAUCCGAGUGGGCUUGGGGAGGGCUUUUCUUUCUUGAGAGAAGCGGACUCAAAGCCGAGCAAGUCUGUUGGAGCUGGCGCACUGAACGCUCAAAUGAAGAAGAUUACAGGCACUGAAGAUGAUCUUCGAAAGCUGACGAUGAAACAGAUGGCUGCGCUGCUUCGCAAAUUCGGAAUGGCCCAAAAGCAGAUCGACACGUUGAAGCGCUGGGAUCGUGUCCACGUUAUUCGUGACUUUUCAACUCGAUCAGCAAGUGACGGUAUGGGAGAGGGCUUGGAGAAAUUCGCUCGUGGCGAGAAGAUGAAAUUGUCGGAGCAGAAGCAGGUGUAUCGAAAGAGAAUACAGGUGAUAUGGAAACGACAAAUUGCCGCUCUUUCUGCUUCCUCAGAGGGUGGCGCGGCCGCUGGUGACGCGGAAGGUGGUACGACCGCGGGUGACACAGCCGGUGCGGCCGAUGCUGAUACGGGAGCAGCAGCCGCUGAUGCUACCAACAAGGCUUCACAGAAAAAGAAACAAGACAAGAAGGAAGAAGACUCUGAAUCUGAUUCGGAUGACGAUUGGGCUGCCGACUUUGAAGAGGAAAUGAUGGACGGGUCCGCGGCAAAUCAGCUAGUGGCUGCACAUACAAAAGCAGGAGACGAGGAGCGGGCUGCCGACCAUGGUCAGCUUCGUGCUGCCGUACAAGACCAAGAUCUCACCAAAGACGCUCGAGAACUAGCGGCGCUCAAACGUCAGCGCGAAGAAGAACGAGCGGCUCGCGAGGGCAUGGCUUCGGCUGCGGCGAAAGGCGGGACAAACCCAUCCACUGAUGCUGGAACAACUCCAAUUACGAAUCGCAAAGUGGUUCGCAAGAAAAUUGUCAAGACUUUCCCCGAUGGCCGCCAAACGACGACAUUCAAGUUCAUUUGCCGGCCUGACGAAGUCGGGUCAACCAUGGCAAAAAUUGCCGAGAGAGAAAGCAAGGGGAUUGUCAAGCCUCACCAAAAACUGGAGCUCCUCAAGUACGAUAGAGGCCCUGGUGAAAAGCCUCCGGGACAUGCGAUGUUUGAAGACGAAGACGAGUUUGAGUAUGCCACACGUGCGCGCUUUGGUGGCGUGACAAAGAAGAGAGGACGCGGAAGAGGGCGAGGUUCCGGGACUCCUACAGGGGCAAAGAGAGGGCCCAAGCCUAGAACUCUGCAACUCGGAAAGCUGAAGACGAAGGUUUCCAAAGAACAACGAAUGAAGAAGCGUAAGCGGGAAGAAGAGGAAGCUGAUCUGUACACGACGGCUUCGAAACGAAAGGGCACUAGCAACCGCAAAGAAAGAGGCUCCAUCAGAGACCGCAGACCACACGUCAUUUUUGCGGAGCGCUUGGAGAGCAUUCGGGCCAUGGCCGAAACUCGUCCACAUGCUGGCCCGUUCUUGAAACCUGUCAAUCGCCGUGCUGUCCCAAAGUACUACGAGGUGAUCAGCAACCCAAUUGAUCUGUCGACAAUACGAGACAAGAUCCAGAGAUACGAGUAUCGAACAGCUGAUGCAUUCGUCAAAGACUUUGAAUUGAUGAAGAACAAUGCCAUCAAGUUCAACGGUGCUGGUACGUUGAUUGCAGACGAGGCAGUCGCAAUGCACGAUGCGGUCCGUGAGCAAGUUGAUGCAUCCCGUUCGGAGCUCACUGGCAUGGAAGAGGCUGUGAAAGAGCAGCUCAGCGGCAAGCCAAAGAAGAAGAAAAAGAAGAAGAAGGCCGGCUCAAAGAAGGCGGCAGAGGAAAGCGAGGAGGGAACCAUGGGCCUCAUUGGUGGUGUCGAGGUCAACCUUGGCGACCUUGGGAACUUAGGCUUAGGAGAGCUUGGCAGCGACGACGAGGCCAGUGCAGCUGAUCUCAUCAAUUUUGAUUAGGCCGGUUCACUCGCUUAGGAUACACCAGAGAGAAUGAUCGAAUCACCAAAAGCUUCGUGAAGCGAAGGGACCAUGGCAAGGGACCGUCAUUUGCGAGUUUGUCUUUUUUAAACCCUUUUCUGAGAAGAGUACCUGUAGAACAUUCUCUAACUGACUAUAGUUCUGUUUCCUUUCAUUUCGCCUCCACAAAAAACUUUAUGGUUCAUUACGACUGAACAGUAGGGGCCAAUAUCACCAUCACGAAUGGAAUCGCAACAGCUCUGCUCCCGCUUGAAUGUCUUGAGUUGCAACCAAGAAGACGUCGAAGCUCACUCGAUGUCGAUCAUACACGGGUGAGUAUGCUGGGCGUUUCCCGCUGGGGUGCGCGGGUGCCCAUCGUCCAACAUUUGCAUCAGAUUCCUCGUCAACAACUCGAAUCAACGUUGUACCUCCCACCUCCACAAAACUGAUGUCGGAUCCUUCUGUUCUCGCUGGGUUUGCAUGGUUUUCCAAGUAGCCGACAAAAUCUUCGAAUCCGGCUACACCAUUUUCCGCGCGUUUUUUGAUGUCCUCGAUGUUUUGGACACUUACAGUUAAUGAUUUCGCGGAGUCCCCUGGCAUGAUGAACGACCCCUUUGGAAUAUCAAUUGCUGCAAACACUGAUGAUCGUGUCACCACACCAGCAUCAGUUGCGGCCAAUUCCACCUUAAACGAGCUUUUGCUUUCGUCCUUUAGGUCAAUUUCGUAAGUAUCCUUCGUGAAGUCUAGGGAACGAUAGGCGCAUUCGGACGGAGUUGGUUCACGACGGCAAUACACAGCUUCCCAUGACAUGGGAGGUGAUUGGUAGGAAUGUUGUGUAAUGCCAUCAAAGUACUUCAAAGCUCCUUCUCCUGAUUUUGUUUUGAUUGUUCGAUCAAAGAUUUCAUAGUCAAUUGCAUCGGAUCUGGCAUACCAUCUACUUCUGCAGCUUACAUGUUUGCAAACAACCAUGAAUGCAUGUGGCUCAAGGUAACCGCUGCGUGGCUCCUCAUAGACAUGCAUUGCAGCCACAUCAGGAUGGUCCUCAAAAAGGUUGAGUAGCUUCUCUCUGAUUUGGUAGAUUCCAAUGUCCGCCUUUGGAUCCAACAGCUCCGGUGCAGUGCCAAUCUGGAUCAUGAUUACACCAUCAUAUGAAAGACUCUUCAUAAUGGAGGACACAAAGACAUCAUCCACAUAGAGGUCAGUAGUGAAGGGUACAUCAUCCUCCGGAUCAAGAGCAUCAAUAAUGAUUACAUCGAAGGCGCCAUGGUGUGCUGUUUUGGUUGCACCAGGGCUGUAGCGAUCCACAAACCACUGUACGCCAUUCUCAUUCACAAUCAUCUCAACAAUUUCAUCAUCAAAACAGUUUUCAGCCCGUCCCACAAGGUUGCCACAAUCAGACAUUUCAGGAAGGUAAUCACGGGCAAUUUGUAUCAGCUCUGAAUCAAUUUCAAUCAUUGUCACAUGGUCCACUGUCUUGUGCUUCAAUACCUCUCGUAGUGUAGCUCCCUCUCCACCUCCAAUGAUUCCCACGUGCACUGGACUUGGAUGGGCAAACAUUGCUGGGUGAACAAGUGCCUCAUGGUAAUCAGAUGCAUGAGAAUAAAGGCUCUGUAAGACUCCAUCCAGAAAAAGUGCUCGAUCUGGGGUGUAGUAGUCUCUGUCCUUCCAACGAGGGUCCCCAUCCUUGAGGUUGUGUUUGAGUCCAUCGUAGUAAGUUGGUUCGUUUUCUGGUUCGGUCAGAUCCCAAAUGUCGACUCGCUGUUACAGUUUCAGGGACGAGGGUGAGGGCCGGGGUGCA